GGCAGGCAGCGCCGCCUCCCGCCGCUCCGGCCCGGCUGUUGGAUUCGCGCCGCCCCUCCCGCCAUGGCAGACCCGCGCCUCAGGCAGAUCAAGAUCAAGACGGGCGUUGUGAAGCGGUUAGCAAAAGAAAAAGUUAUGUAUGAAAAAGAAGCAAAACAGCAAGAAGAAAAGAUUGAAAAAAUGAAAGCUGAAGCAAGUGAUGAUUAUGGAAUUAAAAAACAGACUGAGAUCCUGCAAGAAUCUCGAAUGAUGAUUCCAGACUGCCAACGCAGAUUAGGAGCUGCACAUGCAGAUCUCACUCAGCUGUUAGAGAAUGAAAAAGAGUUGGAAGAAGCUGAAGAAUAUAAAGAAGCACGUUCAGUACUGGAGUCAGUGAAGCUGGAAGCCUAGAUGUGUUUUCAGUACUGUUUUUAUGCAUUAGCAUUUGGGUCCAUUCCACACUUUAUUGUUUGACCAUCACUGUCUUAUUUCAAGUAGCAUAACAAUACAGUGACUUGCUGAGGUUCCUUUUAUGCAGUUGCAAAUGAUUGGCUUUUCUCUAAACCUAAAGAUGCAUCAAGUAAAAAAUUUUGUCUGGUAAAUGUUUGUGUGUGGUUCUGUUCAUAGGCAAAUAUUAACACUUGAAGCUGACUUUGAGUGUAUCAAAUAAUAAAACACAUCUGUGCAUUUUAAGAAAUCAAUAAAGGACAUUGUGUACCACA